AACGUAAUGAGCUCGGGAGCCGUUUCAAAGUAAUACUUAAUUAUUAUUACUACUAUCCUGAGACAGUCUUCUAAGCAAAGUCUUUACUUCUAAGAUGCUUAAUAUGAGUAUUUCGUCUGUCAUCAUUUCAAGAUUGAAGCUUUCAAAACCGGUACUUAUAUUAACGAGGACGCUUAAAACAUCUAUCAUAAUGAGCAAUUCCGAUUUGGUAGUUGUAGAACACUUGGCUAGUAUCACAACUAUUGGAAUUAACAGACCAUCAAUGAGAAAUUGCAUAAAUACUCCUACAGCAGAAGCUCUCUUGAAAGACCACGGCACAGGGGUCUCACCAUGCCACUUCUAUUCAUUCUUACUGAAAAUGAAGUAGUUUUCUCCAUAAGGCUGCUCUUGACUGCACGCACGUGAGAAACCUUGCACUGAAUGGAAUGCACCCUCUGGCAGCAGUGUUAUCCAGGAAGGAUUCCAGACCAGCAACUGAAGAUUUUGAAAGUGAUCCUUCAUCAAAAGUAGCUGUUCUGUAUGGUGUAGGAGGAAACUUUUGCUCUGGGUAUGACUUGAAGGAACUUGGAGAAAGCCCUCCAACUGACCUGUUUUCCUAUGGCCGUGGUCCUAUGGGACCAAGCAGAUUUGAAACAACCAAACCAGUUAUUGCUGCAGUGGAGGGAUUUGCAGUAGCAGGUGGAUUUGAACUAGCACUUUGGUGUGAUCUUAGAGUUGUAGAAGAAACUGCUGUAAUGGGAGUCUUUUGUAGGAGAUUUGGUGUGCCAUUGAUUGAUGGAGGAACUGUCCGCCUGCAAGCUAUAGUGGGACUUGGUCGAGCAUUAGACCUUAUUUUAACGGGAAGACCUAUUAAAGGACCAGAGGCACAUCAGUGGGGACUAGCAAACUACCUUGUAGCAUGUGGAUCAGCUGUUGGCCAGGCUGUACACUUGGCCCAGUCAUUGACAAAAUUCCCACAGGAGUGUUUGAAAGCAGAUCGUCGGUCAACAUUGAAUGCUGCAUUGUCCUCUGAUUCCUUUCAAGAAGCCUUGAAAUUUGAACAUGAAAACGGAGUUCCCAUAAUUGUAAAGGAGUCAGUCGCUGGUGCUCAGAAGUUUGUUUCUGGAGUUGGAAGACAUGGAAAGUUCCAUAUAGAUGCUGACUUUGAUGCUACAAAAUCAAAGUUAUGAGCCUUGUGAUUAAUAUAAGUACUUUUUUGAGCUUUGAUAUAGCAUUGUAAUAAGAAAUAAAGUGCUUUAGAAGGAUUGUACACAGUAAAUAGUGUUGCAGAAAAUUUGAAAGUCAAAAUUUACUAAGUGCAUAGCAUCAGAGUAUGAAGUGUGAAAACUCAUUUUGAAUAAAACUGAAAAAUAA